UUGUAGUGUCUGAACUCAUAUAUUUAUGUGCUUUUUUUUUUAUUGUUGUUUCUGCACGGCGAUGUCUCUGAGGGGUGACGUGUGCGUGGUGACGGGGGGCUGUGGAUUUCUGGGCCAGAGGCUGAUCAGGCUGCUGCUGGAGGAGGAGAAAACGGCUGAGAUUCGGCUGCUGGACAAACACGUUCAACCCCAAAUUAUACAGAGUCUGGAGGGCUGCCGAGGGGACACAAAGGUGGUUGCUUUGGAGGGCGACAUCAGGGAUAGUGACUUCCUGAGAAGUGCCUGCCGUGGUGCAUCAGUUGUGUUCCAUAUCGCAUCCAUCAUUGAUGUGCAGGACUCAGUGGAGUACAGCGAAAUAUACGGGGUCAAUGUCAGAGGAACACAGUUGCUUUUAGAAGCAAGUAUCCAAGAGAACGUGACAUCCUUCAUCUACACCAGCACUAUUGAGGUGAUGGGGCCAAAUCCCAAUGGUGACCCAGUCAUCAACGGCAAUGAAGACACUGAUUACAAGUGCUCCCUGAAGUUCGCCUACAGCAAAACCAAAAAGGAGGCCGAGCAGCGAACCUUGCAGGCCCAUGGUGAGAUCCUCCCCAAUGGGGGACAACUGGCCACCUGUGCCCUGAGACCCAUGUAUAUCUACGGGGAGGGCUGUCGCUUCCUCCUUGGCCACAUGAGGGAUGGAAUACAAAACAGGGAUGUUCUUUUGCGGAUGUCUGUACCCGAAGCCCGUGUGAAUCCUGUCUACGUAGGCAACGUGGCUUUAGCCCACCUCCAAGCGGCUCGCAGCCUCAAAGACCUACAGAGAAGAUCAGUGGUUGGAGGGAACGUUUAUUUCAUCUCUGAUGAUACACCACCAGUGAGUUAUUCAGAUUUCAACCAUGUUGUGAUGUCUCCUCUGGGCCUCCACAUUCAGGACAAGCCUGUGCUGCCCCUGCGUCUCUUCUAUGUUAUCUGCUUCAUUAUGGAGAUGCUGUCCAUGAUGCUCCGCCCUUUCAUGCGUGUCAUUCCACCAGUGAACCGGCAGCUGCUCACCAUGCUGAACACGCCGUUCACCUUCUCCUACCAGAAGGCAAAGAGACACAUAGGGUACCUUCCCAGAUACACCUGGGAGGAAGCACGCAAGCGCACCACUGAAUGGCUUGCCUCUGAGUUACCAAAGGAAAGGGAAAGGUUUAGGGCCAAAUAAUCAGUAGUGCAGUAUUAAAACUAUGACUGUAAGUAACACUGUCUACUUGUUUUUCACCUUAUGACCUUAUCUUUUUAUAAUACCAUUUUUCUGCAAUGUACAAUGAAGCUAGGCAUUCAAAUAAUAUGAUGAUUAUGACUACUGAUGUUUUGACAGUCUUUUGUCUCUGUAUCUUGCACAAAGGAGUGCAUGGCAUUACAAAAAUGCCAGUAACAGUUUCCACUGAAGUGGUUGUGGUUUUCAUGCCUGGUGAGCUACAGUCUUUAAAAUACCACACAUACUCAACUUCAACUGCACAUCCAUGGGCCUGUUUGUCUAAAAAUGAGGAGUGGUCAGUUGUAAUGUGAAUGUCAGGAUACAGAAAGUUUUUGCUCCAUAGACCACCAAACACCUGGUCAAAUAUCUAGUGUGUCUCUGGUAUUUACAGGGUGCCAUACUCAGAAAAACUCACACUGUGUGUCCACGACACUAUACACUCAACACAAAAUUUUUCCCAAUAGAGCAUCACAGGGCCUUGAAACAGAAUUUGAGCUGGGCACCAGUGGACUCUAUUUUAAAGGGAAAGAUACGCGGUACUCUGAUUGGUUGACAUUAUGUUAGGUCACAAUAUACAUAUGACUGAUAACCAGGAUAAAUUCAACCCCAAAGUGCCCACUUUUCCGCUAUGUUUAUACACCCACCCUCCAGAAACCAAUGACAAUUUGAAGAUGUUCCAAAAGUACCUGUGACAUGAAUUACGCACCUACUAUGAAGACAAUCCGAGAAAUAUCUCAAAUCUAUCAGUGAAGGCCUUUUAACCACAAUUAUAACACAAUCCCUAUUCAGCGCAC